AGAGCACACUAGCUUAGCUACACACAGGCCACAGGGGCACAAGAAACACCUGCCGAUCGACGGCGAUGGACUUCGACGACCACGACGACGGCGACGAGGAGGAGAUGGCGCCGAUGCCGGUGAGCUCCAGCUACGACGCCCCGCCUCUGGCAGCCGGCGGGUUUGGUGCACCGGCGCCGCCCAAGCCGCCCGGCGAGCGCGCCAAGGCCCCGGGCGGGCGGUACCGCGAGUGCCUCAAGAACCACGCGGUCGGCAUCGGGGGCCACGCCGUGGACGGGUGCGGCGAGUUCAUGCCGGCCGGCGAGGAGGGCACGCUCGACGCGCUCCGCUGCGCCGCGUGCGGCUGCCACCGCAACUUCCACCGCAAGGAGUCCCCGGAGGGCUCCCCCGCCGCGCUGGUCGCCUACGGAGGCGGCGCCGCCACGCCGCACCACCACCACUUCUCCCCGUACUACCGCACCCCGGCCGGGUCGUACUUCCACCACCAUCACCAGCAGCAGCAGCCGAUCCACAUGGCCGCCGCGGGCCACCACACGCCGCGGCCGCUGGCGCUGCCGUCCACGUCCCACAGCUGGCGCGACGACGGCGACGACUACCUCUCCGGGGGGAUGGCGGCCGCCGGGCCGGUGUCGGCGCUGGGCCCGCUGGGCCUGGGCGGCGGCGCCGGGCCCUCUGGCUCCGGCGGGUCCGGCAAGAAGCGGUUCCGCACCAAGUUCACCCAGGAGCAGAAGGACAGGAUGCUGGCGUUCGCGGAGCGCGUGGGGUGGCGCAUCCAGAAGCACGACGAGGCCGCCGUGCAGCAGUUCUGCGACGAGGUCUGCGUCAAGCGCCACGUGCUCAAGGUGUGGAUGCACAACAACAAGCACACCCUCGGCAAGAAGCCGUAGGCGUAGCUAAGCAGCAGGCAGCGUCACACCAUGACACCCCCACCCCAACGCGUGUACUGUACACACGCAAGAGCCACGCCCACGCGCGCAUGCAUCACACACACACACACAGCGGUUGAUCGCAGUCGCAGAUCGAUCGACGGUGGCCGUGGCCAGCCUCUCCUCCGGGUACGGGUAGGUACACCUGCAUCCUCUUUGUUAGCAUUCGGCUCCGGCGCCUUCGUGCCGUGGCGGCCGGAGUAGGUUAGUUGCAGUAAGUAACUCGUAGCGAGGUGCUCGAUCGAUCUUUCUUGCUUGGCUUUAUUAGGCCGUUCUUUUUUACUUCUCAUUUAACCGUACUUGCUGGUGUUGUUUAUUAAUUAAUUCCUGCGGCAUGGGCCAUUUGCCGGUUUGCUUGGUUGUUCUUGGCGUUAAUAAUUCUUCAAUGGCAAAUGUACUUGGUGUUGCGAUGCCAACAAGUGUAUCUGGGGAUUGGGGCUG